AUGGCCUCCAGCACGACCCGUUUCGAUCAGGUCGCCGCAGCCUGGGAGGCGGAUCCAACCUGCCGCCGCAGCUGCGAGCUGGCGUACACGGCUCUUAUGCAGCACACCCCGCAGCUGCAGCCAGGGGCGAAGAAGCCCGAUGUUAUGGAAGUGGAAUGCGGAAGCGGCAUCCUGUCGGCGAUGCUGGCGCCGCAUGCCCAUACCCUCACUGGCACCGACACUUCCGAAGCAAUGGUCGCCGCCUUCAACGCGAACGCUGCCGCACGAGGCGCAGAUCAUACCACGGCCGUCCGCUUCGAGAUAAACAAUCCGGACUUUACCGCUGCGCCAGCAGCCGUGGCCCAGCUGAUACAGAGGGUGGACGGCAAGGCAGCGGAGGAGCCUGUGCGAUGGGACCUGCUCUUCUGCAGCACGCUCGCCCAUCAGCUCGUCGACAUGAAGCAAUGGCUGCAGAUCGGCUAUUUCUGCCUGGCGCCUGGCGGGAGUCUGGUCAUGGUCGAUGUCGACAACACUGCGGCCGACGCGGCACUGUUCCGCUUUGCAGGCGAGCACGGAGACGUAGCAAUGCCUGGGCUUAAGCCAGAUGAAAUGGAAAAACUGCUGGAGGGUGCGGGCUACGAGGACGUGUUGGUCAAGAGGGUGUUUUCGAUGGAAAGGGCUGUGGACCCAAAGGAGGCGGGCGGGCGGACGUCGAUCGAGUUGCCAUUUGUGUUGUGCCGAGGCACAAAGCCGUUGCGAUAG